GAGUAUUGCUCACUCUUCAGUGGGGAUGGGAGGAGCUGUGUCCCUCCGUGUCCGGGGCGGGCGGUGUCCCCGUUCCCAUCCCCCCGUUCCCUACGGUGACGUUACGGUGCGUGUGUCCAGCCGCUGUUUGAGGCUGUUGGUUCCAUCCCCGCCCCGCUGUUAUAUUUGAUCCGCCGGGAUGCCGCUCACCGCCUGGCAGCCGCUGUUUGCUGCGCCCGCCCCGUGUGCCGCCGUGUCCUGAGGGGCCGGGCUGGGCCGGGGGGGUGGAGCUGGGAACACACUGUUACAGACUUACCUCCCCCACCGUCGCUGCUCCCCGCUGGAGCCCAUGGGCCAGCAGCCCUCAGUGCUCAGUGGCAUUGGGUGGCCAAGGAGGGGCUGUGCCUGGGCUCACCUGAAGCGCUGCAGCCCCCCACGCUCCAGCCCUGAGCUCCGGUCCUACUGCGCAGCUCCGCUGUUCACCCAACACGGAGCUGCAGCCGGGGCCAGGCUGGGGAUGUUCCUGGCAGCCGCUUGCUCUGGGGGCAGCCAGCAGCGGUGAGAGCUGCGGGGCAGCACUUUACCUCCCGCAGCUCGGGCUGGGGGCCAGGAUGCCAGCAGAGCCUGAGCCCGGCAGCAGCAGCACGUGCCUGCAAUGGUGACCUCGUGGCCUCUGCCUGCAGCGAGCGGCCCUGCAGCCAGCGAGGCCCACGGGGGCUGCCUACACUGUGCCCUACUUAGGCUUGAGUGCGCUCCAGGGCCCUUGGCUGCAAUGCGUGGGAGCGACGGACUCAGCAAGCAGGACCUGCAGGGGCUGGGGAACACGGAGCUCCAGUACUGGGUUAUGUUUUAGGGUCAGGAUCACCCGACCCUCCUGGGCCACCCCAGCUUCACAGUCUGGCCCUUGUCCAUCAAGGGGCACUGAUGGGAGCUGGGGAUGUGAUCGCACAGCAGCUGGUGGAGCAGCGCGGGCUGCGUGGGCACCAAAGCCAACGCACCCUGAAAAUGACGGCCAUUGGAUUCUGCUUUGUGGUGGUACAGGAUCCUGGACCGGCUCGUCCCAGGGACCACGAAAGUGGUGGCUGUAAAGAAGAUGGUGCUGGACCAGGGCGCCUUUGCACCUUGUUUCCUUGGCUGCUUCCUCGCCAUCACCGGGGCGUUGAAUGGGCUGUCGGUGGAGCAGAACUGGGCUAAGAUCCAGCAGGACUACAUGGACGCGCUGCUCACCAACUACUGUGCUGGCUGUCGUGCAGUGUGUUGCCAUUGUCUGGAACUGCUACCUGUCCUGGAAAGCAAACCGGCUGUGAGGGGCAGCUGUGCUCCAGGUGCCCCCACCCACCAGCUCUGGAGCCUCAGUCGGGGACUGUGUGUGGGGCUGGAGUGCCGUGCUGUCCAUCACGGGGAUGCUAUGGCAGCGAUGACCCCGUGGGGCUGUGGGACCGCUCUGUCUGUUCUCUGUGCCCUGCCCAGCACAGGAGAUGCUCCGUCCUUCCCCAGCCUCACUGCUGGCUCACACCCCACGUGUGACAGUGCCCUCCAGUACCUCCACUGGGACUCGGGUCGGGCCCUUCAGGAGCACCCAAUAAAAGCUCCGCUCCGCUGCCCCUGUAACGCGUGAAUUAUCGCCCCCCCGUCACCCUGGGCCUUUUGGGGCCGGGGAUUCAGCCCUCGGCCCGUCGUUUCCCAUCGUCGCCGGGCGCGGUGCCGCGGUGCCGUAUCCCCGAGCCGCAUGGCACCGCGCUCGUCUCUAUGAGUCACGCCUUUGGCCACCGCCGCU